UAAUUAAAUUUCUAUAUAUAAACAAAAAAAUAUGUUUACUAAUCAUUAUUUUCAUCAUCUAGAUUUCUCUCUUCUCUAUGAUUAUCAUAUUCAAGAACCAAAAACUUGUUUUUUUCUCUAAUUUGAAGUUUUAUUCAAGAAAAAAAAACACCCUUUUGCUUAGAAUCAUGAUAUGUUUAGUAGUUCCUAGUGGCAAUGUUCAAGAUUUCAUAAAAAUCCAAUCUUUAUCAUGUUGUCAGCAUCUUUCCACCAAGAAGAUGACUUGUUCAGUAGUUUCUAGAGGAAACCCUUUACUACCCAAUGUACAAAAAUUCAGAAAGAUUCAAUCUUUAUCAUGUUGUCAGCAGCAAAAUUCUUCCACCAACAACACCAUUGACAAACAAUGGAAGCCCAAGAGUCAUCUGAUAAAGAUAUUAGAAGACCCCCAAGUUGAGAAAGUUUAUUCUCCUAAGGUCAAGAAAAAAAUGGUUUUUGAGGAGAAGAAUGGGGGUUUAUCUCAGAUGAGGAGUCAAUAUAUGGCAAUUUUGUGUGGGGUUGGGUAUUGGGUACAGGGGUUUAGGUGUUUUCCUUGGUUGGGUCUUAACUUUCAUAUGGCUAAUGGAAUGAAUAUGCAUCCAUCAACAUUGCAGCUUGUGCAGUAUUUUGGGAUUUUACCAAUGGUUGCUAAGCCUAUUUUUGGAAUUCUGUCUGAUGCUGUUUAUAUUGGUGGUGCUCAUAGAAUACCUUAUAUUUCUCUUGGAGUUCUCCUCCAGGUUUUGGCGUGGGGUCAAUUGGCAUUAACCUCAGCUGCGAGUGAAGCUAUUCCUGCUCUUAUGGCAUGUGUUCUUCUUAGCAACGUUGGAGCGUCCAUCACAGAAGUUGCCAAAGAUGCUCUUGUGGCUGAAUAUGGUAAAAAACACAGAAUGCCGGGUCUACAGUCUUAUGCAUUUAUGGCUUCAGCUGCUGGUGGAAUUUUAGGUAACUUGAUCGGAGGAUAUUUCCUACUCAAAACACAGCAGCCUAAGUUAAUGUUUCUAGCCUUUUCUGCUCUGCUUGCUCUGCAAUUAGUAGUAACUUCAGCUACCAGAGAAGAGUCCCUUGGUUUAGCUCAAUCAUCAAAUUAUUCCGUUGUUAGGGAACCAAUCACGGAAAUAUUUAGAAAACAGUAUUCGGAUCUUAUGGUAGCAGCUACAGGCGAAAGCAUUGCUCGUCCUCUUAUAUGGAUUGUUAUGUCAAUUUUAGCAGUCCCGGUCCUCUCCGGAUCUAUCUUUUGUUAUCAGACACAAUGCUUAAAUCUUGAUCCAUCAGUUAUAGGGAUGUCAAAGGUGAUAGGCCAAUUGCUGCUUCUUUCUUUGACAGUCUUUUAUGACCGGUACGGCAAAAGGAUUCCAAUGAGAAAACUGAUUGGUAUUGUGCAGAUAACAUAUGCUGCUUCUCUUCUUCUUGACCUUGUACUUGUCAAGCAGCUUAAUCUCAAAUUGGGAAUCUCGAAUGAAUGGUUUGCUCUUUGCUUCUCGGGUCUAGCAGAAACUAUUGCAAUAUUUAAGCUCUUACCAUUCCAUGUGCUGUUUGCGAGUCUGGCUCCAUCAGGGUUUGAAGGAUCUCUCAUGUCAUUCUUGGCAUCAGCUCUGUGCUUUUCAUCAGUGUUUAGUGGCGUUUUAGGUGUUUCCUUGGCUACUUUCCUUGGUUUAACUCCUGGUAACUACUCGAGUCUGCAUAUUGGGAUUCUUAUCCAGUUUGUUGCAGCGUUACUACCACUGAGAUGGCUCAGUUAUGUCCCUAUGGCUCAACCUGCAGCUGAAAAGGGAAAGAAGAGAGGUCAAAGUAAAAGGACGAGAAAAUAUAGAAGGGUAGGGAGAGUCGUUGUUGAUUCGUUCUAUUCUUACAGACGCAUAAGAGAAUCUGAUUUUGAUGAGAAUCCAUUACUGACUAAAUGAUCAUUCUGCUGCUUCAAGAAAUUUGUUCAUGUCCUAGUCCCAGGAGGAAAUGACAACGAGAGUGGACGACUCAUGACCAGUCUCUGGUACUUAGUAGAACUCAUCUAUUGGUUCUUGUCAAGUUACAAUCAUGCAGUUUGUUUCUCGGAUCAUCUCUGAACUUUCAAGAGACGUAUCUUUUACUCGAGCAGAUUGAAGAAGGACGGUGUAGCCUUAUCCCACGUUGUGUAAAACUGUUGAGUUGCGGAGAGGCAAGAGAGAUAGUCUUUUCAAGAUCUCCUCCCCACUGGUAGUUCUCACUGAUCAGAGACUGGUUUCGAGUAGGAUCCCUCGCGCUCUAUUCCUUUUGUAGAUGAUGGCAGCCUCUCAGUUUGUGGGAGGUUUGAGAAAAAUGACAAUCCAGAGCAACAAUACUGACUGAGGAGUACUAUUUCUGCAAUGGAAGGUUACCUUUAGUUCCAUAGAGCUUGUCUAAAGGAAAAGAAGCAAACAAAAGGGAGCCAUGAUUUUGAGCUCAAAAAAGUAUUGCAACUGAUUUCUUUUCAUCUGUUUAAGCGUUGAUAGCAGAGUUACUUGAUAUUUGUGCUGGCGGAAGAUAGUAUGUCCUGAAAUAGUUGAGUUGAGGUGUGCGUAAGUUGGUUCUCGCGAGGAAAGGGUGUGCUUGUAAAGUUACUAACUUUUUAAGUGGAUAAAUUACUUCUACACUUCCCAUUGUGAA